CGACAGGAUGGAGCUGACGUACAGAUUACAAUGCCUCCUGUGCGCCCACUGCGAUUCGUCUCUUGGGUGGAAAUGAGAGAUGAUUUGUCCGACGCGCCGCAUGCCUGGCGGUAGUUGAUGGUCGAUAGUUGAGGUGCGGCUUCGUCUCGCGUUGGCUACCUACGUUGUACAACUGUUGGACUGCGGUAUCCAAUCUUGUCCUCCAUUCGCCAAGUUGACCAAUGGUGCGGGAUACACACAGUGAUACACUUGAUAGAUGCCGUCACCAACCGUUCGAAACUCGCCGGUCGUGGUCGGGAUGAACCAACCACACCUCGGCGCUGAUUGGAGUGACCGAGGAAAUCCCACCCAACAAUUCCGUCCCUGGAGGAUCCGGAUCGGAAUCAACACAAACAAAUUGUCUGAAGCACAUGUUGGGUGUCAAAAAGACACUCGCAUGCGACACCAAGAUAUCGCCAUCAAACAAGGCGCUCUCAUCGUGCCGGAUCGGCCUCGAUCUGCCCUCCCUUGCUUCUUUCUGGCCAAGCACCCAAGCCCCUCCUCGCUUGGCCGGACGCCUGGAAUCCCCUUGUUUCGGUCGGGGCCCGAGCGAUUUGAGCACGCAACCUCAACAAGGGGAUACCCCUGCACUGGAGCCCGCCGCUCCGUCCAAUGUCACUCACACCCCUUCCAGUGUCCACAACCAUGCCGUCCAGAACGCCCAGCAGGGCACAGCAUCCCAACCUGCAGGUUCGGGGCUGGACGAACAACAAUGGCCCCCAGGAGGAGGGCUCCACGCGAUCCGGACGCGUUCUUGUCUGCCGUUGCUACAUUUAGCCGGGGAGCCCACAUCCAGACGGCCGGGCGAACCCCAGUUUUUGUUUUUGUCGAAUUCUCACCAUUGUCAUUCUCUCAGGUCGUUCGUUUUCCCAUCUGUCUCCUAACAAGCAGUCAGGUAUCCUUCGUUUCAACCUCCUGUCUUGGCCAAGAGAAGCCACCUGUCAGCUGUCAGCAGAACACUCGCACACAUCAGACACAUCCACAUAUCCAAACAUACACACCCCAUCCGAAGUACACAAACCCGGAUAUCGGACGGCCUGAUAACACGGCCGCCGCAACCUCACCUUCUUUUCGCCUUCGGCCUUCUCAUCCAACCAUUCGUUCAGGAACGACUGUGUGUAGCCCAACGCCGGGUUUCCUCCGCUUUACAAGACGGCAUAAGUCUUGGAAUGCCAUUGUCUCGGCGCCAAACCCAGUGACCCAGUCUCAUGAACACGGCUGCUAAACAACACCCCGCUUAUAUCGGCGACGCCCUGCAACACUUGUUGACCGGGGAGCUUUCUUCGCAUCACACGCCAUCGCUGGAAUCGUUUCGCCGCUUUCUCCUUCACCAUCGACCAGAGUAACGUCGUAUCCCAUCACGUUGCCGGCCCUGCGGAUCAGGAGCUCGAACGCACGUUUCCGGCCCGCCAGAGACAGCAGAGCGCAAGCCGGCACUUGCAGGUACCCGAAUCCCGGGAACGGUAA